CCUGACAGGGUUCGACCCGUCGAAGCCGGAUAUGAUGACCUUCAGCGCAACAAAAUGAGGGCGGUUACACGAUUGUGCUGCCACCUCCCUCCCUACUUCACUCUCUCGAGGAAAUUCAAUAGCCCUCAGUAUCACUCAUAUUAUUAUACUCCAUCAAAUUAUAGUGAGAAAAUCAAACGAUUCUCACUCGCAGGCUCAUCUACAAAUUCAGUAAUGGCUUCUGCUGCUAAAAAGGUUUUGGUUCCGGUGGCCAACGGGACGGAGCCGAUUGAGGCAGUUGUGCAAAUUGACAUACUGAGGAGGGCUGGAGCCGAGGUCAUAGUGGCUUCAGUGGAGAAGGAGCUCCUGGUCGACGCCCUACACGGAGUCAAAAUCAUAGCCGAUACACUCAUUUCUGACUGUGCCGAUAUCGAGUUUGAUCUCCUUUCUCUUCCUGGAGGGAUGCCUGGUGCGGCUGCGCUUAGAGACUGCAAAACUUUGGAAAGCAUCUUUAAAAAACAGGCAGAAAGCAAACAAUUAUAUGCUGCAAUAUGUGCCUCUCCGGCUGUUGCACUUGGAUCGUGGGGACUGUUGAAGGGGAUUAAGGCAACUUGUUACCCAUCAUUCAUGGAACUACUUUCAUCAUCUGCAAAUGCUGUUGAAUCUAGAGUGCAGUUGGAUGGAAAUGUUAUCACGAGUCGUGGACCAGGAACUGUCAUGGAGUAUGCUGUUGCACUGGUUGAGAAAUUGUAUGGAAAGGAGAAAGCCAAUGAAGUUUCAGGUCCACUGGUAAUGCGCUCUAAUCACAACGACGAAUAUACAUUUGCUGAACUCAAUUCAGUAAAUUGGGCAGUGACCAAUAACCCACAGAUACUGGUACCCAUUGCCAAUGGAUCUGAAGAGAUGGAAGCACUUAUAAUUGUUGAUGUACUUCGACGAGCUAAAGCUCAAGUAGUAGUUGCAUCUGUUGAAGAUACUCUAGAAAUUGUUGCUUCUAGGAAAGUGAGACUCGUUGCUGAUUUACUGCUUGAGGAUGCUGCUAAGAGUACAUAUGAUCUCAUUGUCUUGCCUGGUGGUCUUGGCGGUGCCGAGGCAUUUGCAAACUCAGAGAAACUGGUGAACAUGUUGAAAACCCAAAGAGAAUCAAACAAACCGUACGGAGCCAUAUGCGCUUCUCCUGCCUUAGUCCUUGAACCACAUGGCUUGCUCAAGGGCAAAAAAGCUACCUCUUUUCCAGCAAUGUGCAAUAAGCUCUCAGAUCCAAGCAAAGCAGAAAACAGGGUGAUAGUUGACGGUACUCUGAUCACAAGCAGAGGGCCAGGGACUACAAUGGAAUUUGCACUAGCCAUUGUGGAAAAGUUAUUUGGGCGCAGCAAAGCUCUAGACCUUGCCAAGGGGAUGGUUUUUGUACAGCAUUGAGAACUAGUGGUUUUAUGUUGCUCAUGUUUUGUGAGAGCUAAACUACUACAAUCAAACUGAUGAAAUCCAGUUGUGUGCAAUAAAAAGAUACAAAAAUAAACCAAAGAAAUAUUUUGCCAAAUAAAACCAAAAAAUACCCAUAAAAGUGAUAGAACACU